AUGGCGAGUAGGGAGACCGGCGGGAUGGCGGCGGUGCGGUGCGCCGGAAGGAUCGGGGUCGUGGCCUCCGUGGUCAUGAACCUAGCUUGGAUCGCCAUGUACAUCCGCCGCCGCUACUUCGGCGGCGGCAGCGGAUCCGACAAAAACGGCGGCGUCACGACGGUGGAGCCGUCGAAAGGAAAACCGCCGGUCACUGAGGACUCAAUUGUUAACCUCGACCAUGGCGACCCGACUAUGUAUGAGGAGUUCUGGCGCGGGACAGGAGAUGGCGCCUCCAUCUUCAUCCCUGGUUGGCAAACAAUGAGCUACUUCUCCGACCUCGGCGGCAUUUGUUGGUUCGUGGAGCCUGGCUUCGAGCGCGAGGUGCGGCGUCUCCACCGGCUCGUGGGGAAUGCCAUGGUUGAUGGGUACCAUGUGCUCGUCGAGACAGGGUCCACACAGCUCUUCCAGGCCGUGCUGUACGCGCUCUCACCUGCAAGCGACGGCACGCCCAUGAACGGUCGUCUCACCGGCACCUUACUACUCGUCUUACCCAUCUGUGACGAACUUUCUGAACUCUGGGCUUUACCGUUGGGGUGGUGA